AAUGACGUGCAACGAAUGGUCAUUCUGCAGCCGCUUUUGUGUUGUAUUGAACGUUGGAUCUUUCUUUUUUUUACCAUUUAUAAACCCGUUCUCCCACUUUAUUUUCAUUUAAGAUGGAUUGGAGAAGGAGUUAGGAGUCUUCGGACUCAAAGGAUUUGAAAAUGAACAAAGGGUGGCUUGAACUGGAAAGUGACCCCGGACUCUUCACUCUACUUGUGGAGGAUUUUGGGGUGAAAGGAGUACAGGUGGAGGAGAUCUAUGACUUGCAGAGUAAAUGCCAAAGUCCUGUGUACGGCUUCAUCUUCUUGUUUAAGUGGAUUGAAGAGCGGCGAUCCCGGCGGAAGGUCUCUACCUUGGUGGAUGAGACAUCUGUCAUUGAUGAUGACAUUGUAAACGACAUGUUCUUUGCACAUCAGCUGAUCCCCAACUCGUGUGCAACCCACGCCUUGCUGAGUGUCCUCCUGAACUGUAACGAUGUAGAGCUCGGACUAACCCUAAGCCGUAUGAAGGAGUUUACCAAAGGGUUCAGCCCAGAGAGUAAAGGCUAUGCAAUUGGCAAUGCACCAGAGCUUGCAAAAGCUCACAACAGCCAUGCUAGACCUGAACCACGACACCUUCCAGAGAAACAGAAUGGGAUCAGCGCUGUGAGAACGAUGGAAGCCUUCCACUUCGUCAGUUACGUGCCGAUCAAGGGGCGCUUGUUUGAGCUCGAUGGGCUGAAAGCAUACCCCAUUGACCAUGGACCUUGGGGAGAGGAAGAGGAGUGGACAGACAAAGCCAGGAGAGUCAUCAUGGAGAGGAUAGGACUGGCUACAGCUGGGGAGCCUUACCACGAUAUCCGCUUCAACCUGAUGGCUGUUGUCCCCGACCGGCGUAUAAAAUAUGAGUCUAAGUUACACGUGCUCAAAAUGAACAGACAGACCGUGCUAGAGGGCCUUCAACAGCUUAUCCGGGUGACACAGCCAGAACUGGUCCAGGAUCGGAAAGCACAGGAAUCCUCGCCUACAGAAGAGACGUCUGCUACAGUGAAAAAGGAAGCAGAGUCAGACUCUGGGAAGGCACAGGCUACAGGAAACUCCUCACGCACAGAAUCUGCAGCGUCUUCCUCUUCGCAGAGCCAGCCGGAACCAAACCCGAGCUCAACAAGAUCAAAAGCCCCAAGGAAACAGGUGCUGUGCUCGCAGAACGACCCGCCUGUCACCCCCAGCCCCACAGUCCAGCGAUGGCCAGCCUUCCUCGACAACCACAACUAUGCCAAGUCUCCCAUGCAGGAGGAGGAGGACCUAGCAGCGGGGGUAGGGAGGACCCGGGUUCCAGUCCCCCCACGUCACCCUUACUCAGAUGAUGAGGACGACUACGAUGAAGAGGAAGAGGACUCCAGCAAAACCGAGGCUCCAGUGAGGUACAAGAGGAAGCCUGGCCUGAAGCAGUCGAAGGGAGGCCAGCUGUCCCUCUUGCAGCCCAAUACCAUGGGUGUGCUGACUGAGAAGCUGAAGGAGUCCCAGAGGAAGGACCUGACGGUGCCGCUCACCAUCAAAACGGCUGCAGCGGGGGGCAUCUGCAUCACCGCCCCCUCCCAGCCCUCGCCCACCCCCAGCAACGAGAGCACAGACACCGCCUCGGAGAUCGGCAGCGCCUUCAACUCCCCGCUGCGCUCACCCAUCCGCUCAGCCAGCGCCACUAGACCCUCCAGCCCCGUCACCUCCCACCUCUCCAAGGUGCUGUUCGGGGAGGACGAGGGCCUGCUGCGACUUGACUGCCUGCGCUACAACCGGGCCGUGAGGGACCUGGGCCAGGCCGUCAGCUCUGCACUGCUCCACCUGCAGGCCGACGGAGUGCUCUGCACCCUCGCCCACACCAGAGAACAAAGUCCUAAGGAGGUGAAGAAUGAAAGCAGGCAGCUGCAGAGCAAUGUAGAGGAGAACAAGGAGGCUCUUGAACCCAGACACAGCAAGGAGAAACUGGACACUGGGGAAAACAGUAGCAGCAAAACCACAGGAGAGAAAUACUCCCCUAAAGAGCUACUCGCGUUGCUCAAAUGUGUCGAGGCUGAGAUAGCCAACUACGAGGCCUGCCUGAAAGAGGAGGUUGAAAAGAGAAAGAAAUACAAGAUUGAUGACCAAAGGAGGACUCACAACUAUGAUGAGUUUAUAUGUACUUUUAUAUCCAUGCUGGCACAGGAAGGAAUGCUGGCCAGCCUUGUGGAACAGAACAUCUCUGUACGUCGUCGUCAGGGCGUCAGCAUCGGACGCCUCCACAAACAGAGGAAGCCGGACCGUCGGAAACGCUCCCGACCAUACAAAGCCAAGCGGCAGUAACCCUGACGCACAAAACCCAGCGCUUGGGAAAACUUGUAUUAGCUUAGCUUGUUGAACAGAGGACUACACAGUACUGUACCGAACCAAACCCAGGAACUGGUCUGCGGGUUGGAACGGCAAUAAGGGAAACGCUAUUGCAUAUAUCCUUAGUAUAUUCAUUGCCGAAGAUGCUGCAGUUUUAUCAGACCGUUUAAUGAAGCUAGUCACACAUUCACACACAGAUAGGGACUCUUGUUUCACGUGUGCAGUUGUUUUGGGCUGUUCAGAUCCAGCUGUGGAUGCCCCAUUUGUAUUCUUCUUAUCCUGUUCUGUUUCCUAUUUGGGUGAUCUCAGUACAGCUCCUUGUGAUUCAUAUACCAGACAAACACAGUAUUUGCUUGAGUGAUGAUGCCAGGUCUGGAUUGAGACGCUUGGGUGGUUUGCGGAUUGGAGAGGAUGAAUCCAUUAGUUUUUUUCUUCUGCUCUCAUAGUUUUAUAUGUAAUAAGGACUUACUUUGUGCCCAUUUAUCACCAGAUUAGUUUAGGGGUGUUUUAUCUUUUUUUUGUAUAUCUGACAUUCUUGUUAUGUCACAUUUAUUACAUCAUUCACAUUUUCCUUUUACUAAUUCUUCUUAUGUUUAGUUACAUGUGUUGCUAUAAUUGUAAUUAUGCAUUAUCAAACCUGUUCUUCAUUAGUGAACAUCUUCAUGAACAAAUACAGACUGAAGUAUAAGUGAUCUUGUUGGCCAGCAAUUUAGGCAAGCCUGUGCGACAGUUGGGACCUUUUCAGAAAAAAAAAAACUAAACAAAAAAACAUUGUGCACAUCACCUCACUACUCUUUCUUUUUUAUCUGAUUCCUGCAAAAGGCAGCUUGUUUCACCUUGCAGUGUUUGAAUUACAAAACCAGUGCAGGUUUUUUAAUUUAGCAAGAUGUCCAUAGCCACACAGUGGUCAAAAAAAGUAUUGAUAGAGAAGUGAAAAUGCCUUUAAUUAGUUCACACCUUCAGUCCUUUCAAAAAAAGAGAAGAGAAAGAAUCACCAAAAUAUCUUUUUUCUGAGCGUUAUAAUAUUUGGCAGAAGAUGCUGAAAUCAGUGUAACAGCAUUGGAACCGAUUUCCUUCGGCUGUCUCAUCCAGCCCCUGAAUCGUCAUAAAGAUCCUUUUAUUCAAAUCAUUUUUAUUUUUGGAAGGAAAAAAAGUUCAAGCUUGCCAUGCCGGUAUAUAAUUUAAUAACUGUAAAAAUCAUGUCUUUGUAUUUUUUAUUUUUAUUGUUGUGAUAACUUUCUAUGUUUAACUAUAAAGCACAUGUGAACAUUUUUGCACUGUUCCAACAGCUUUAUUUGUUAUUAAAGCUUCAAUAAUAUUGUACUGUGUACAGGUUUUCCCUUUUCUCCUCCAUUACAUUCUGGUACGCUGUAUGCUGUAGAUGAUUGGCAGGGGAUGUAAUCAAGAUGUCAAUCCAUCUAUACUUUCUUAGAAAUAAAGUCUGUAAGAUCAUCUCA